AUGGCCUCUGCUAUAAAUUAUCUUGUGUUCUUCUCUCUUUUGCUUUUCUCUCCCACUUUGGCCAUGGCUAACAUAGCUUUGACCUCAUCACUAUCCGCCAUUAACGACAACUCUUCAUGGAAUUCCCCUUCCGGGGACUUUGCUUUUGGUUUCCACCAGCUUAAUAACACAGACACCUUCCUUCUUGCAAUCUGGUAUGCAAAAAUACCAGAUGAAACAAUUGUUUGGCAUGCAAAUUUGACUAAUCCAAUUCAAAGAGGGUCAAGACUCGAACUCAAGACGACUGGGUUAGUUCUAAACGAUCCUCAAGACCGAACAAUAUGGAUGGCAGAAGAACCCGAUGGCACCGUCUCUGAUGCCGCCAUGCUUGACAGUGGCAACUUUGUACUUUUAAACAGUAAUUCUGUUGAGGUUUGGGAAAGCUUCAAAAAUCCCACAGACACCAUUUUGCCAACCCAACUAUUGGAAUGGGGAGGCAAACUCUAUUCAAGGCUAAAUGAAGCCAACUACUCAAAGGGCAGGUUUGAGCUCCAAUAUUUCUCAAAAGGUGAUAUUAAACUCUAUCCCGUGGCUUGGCCUUCUGAAUACCCUUAUGAUGAGAGCUAUUAUAGCAUCAGCACAUCUAACACCACCAACUCUUCUGAAUCUGGAUUAAAGCUGGUUUUUGGCGAAUCGGGUGAGAUUUACAUCGAGAAGAGAAAUGGAGGGAGAGUUCAACUUUCAUGGCAGACUGUAGCUCCACCAAGGGUGAAUUACUAUUAUCGAGCAACAUUGGAUUUUGAUGGGGUUUUCAGGCAAUAUGCUUAUCCCAAUGAUUCUGCUGGUGAUCGAAGAUGGUCUGUGCUUCGAUAUAUUCCCGAAAACAUUUGCUUUCAGCUGACACACACUCAACAGGGCAGCGGAGUCUGUGGGUUCAAUAGCUAUUGCAAUCAAACCAGUGGGACUCCAAGUUGUCACUGCCCACCUGGGUAUUCGCCGAUCGAUCCGAAUAACCAAUUUGGUGGCUGUAAACCCAAUUUUGCUCAAGGGUGUGGAGUGGAUGAUCAAUCAGUAGACCCUGAAGAACUGUAUUAUUUUCAGAAGCUUCAGGGUUUGAAUUGGCCAUUUGGAGAUUAUGAUCGCUUGGAACCUUAUAAUCAGACUGAUUGUGAACAGUCUUGCUUGCAUGAUUGUUUGUGUGCUGCUGCCAUAUUUGAUGGCUUAAAUUCAAUAUGUUGGAAGAAGAAACUGCCACUUGCUAACGGACGAUUCCAGCGUGGAUCACUGGUUCUCAUCAAAGUAAGGAGAGAUGUUUCUAGCGUCCCAGGCAUGCCCAAUAUUCCAUCAUAUCGUUCUGGUAACACCAAGACAGAGAAGCAAAUUCUCUUAGGAUCACUGGGAAGUUCCAUGUUCUUCAAUGUUCUUUUUCUAGUUUUGAUUGCUCGAAUCGUUUUAUUGAGGCGCAAGAAGAAAAGACCUGCAAAAGAUCCAGCAGUAAUUGAGCCGAAUCUGCGUUUAUUUAGUUUCAAAGAACUCAAAGAAGCAACAGAUGGGUUCAAGGAUGAGCUAGGAAGAGGUUCUUCUGGCUGUGUUUAUAAAGGCGUUUUGAAAUCUGGUUCAAGAAAUUUAGUUGCUGUCAAGAAGCUAAACAAGUUGUCUUCAGAAGGCGAAAGAGAAUUCAAAUCUGAGGUUGAUGCAAUUGGGAAGACCCAUCACAAGAACCUUGUUCAGCUUCUUGGGUACUGUCACGAGGGGUCUCAUCAGCUUCUAGUAUACGAGUUCAUGAGCAAUGGCAGUUUAUCAACCUUCCUAUUUGGCUCUCCAAGGACUAAUUGGACUCAAAGGUCAUCCGUGGCAAUUGGGAUUGCAACAGGCCUAGUGUACUUACAUGAAGAAUGCAAAUCCACAAUAAUCCACUGUGAUAUAAAGCCCCAAAACAUUCUCCUAGAUGAAAGUUUCACACCCCGGAUUUCCGACUUUGGAUUGUCCAAGACAUUGAUGAUGGAUCAGAGUAGAACUUGUACUGCAAUAAGAGGAACAAAAGGGUAUGUUGCUCCUGAAUGGUUCAAGAAUGUGCCUGUGACUGUUAAAGUGGAUGUUUACAGUUUUGGGGUCGUGUUAUUAGAGAUUAUAUGUGGUAGGAGAGGUGUGGAAAUGGAGUUUGGGGAAGAAGAAAGAGCAAUACUAACAGAUUGGGCUUAUACUUGUUAUAUGGAAGGAAGAUUAGAUUGUUUGUUGGAGAAUGAGGAUUUGGGUUUGUGUGAUAUGGCCAUGUUGCGAAGGUGGGUGAUGACUGCAAUUUGGUGUAUUCAAGAAAACCCUUCGAAAAGGCCAACAAUGAAGACUGUGGUACAAAUGCUUGAAGGAUAUGUUGAAGUUCCUCUUCCUCCUUUCGCUCCUACUUCUUUCUCUUCAGCUUAUUGA